CCGGCGGAGCGUGAGCUGCCGAGAAGGGCCAGAGCGCACGAGGGGGGGGGGCAGUGGAGGCGUAGGGGGGCGGGGACACAGCUCGCCUGUUCCAAGAUGGCGGACGAGGACGGGGAAGGGAUUCACCCCUCAGCCCCUCACAGGAACGGAGGUGGCGGUGGUGGUGGGGGCUCUGGGCUCCACUGCGCCGGGAACGGUGGAGGAGGCGGUGGCCCACGGGUGGUGCGCAUCGUCAAGUCCGAGUCCGGCUACGGCUUCAACGUGCGGGGCCAAGUGAGCGAGGGCGGGCAGCUGCGGAGCAUCAACGGGGAGCUGUACGCGCCGCUGCAGCAUGUGAGCGCUGUGCUGCCCGGGGGGGCGGCCGAUCGCGCCGGGGUGCGCAAGGGGGACCGCAUUCUGGAAGUGAACGGCGUGAAUGUUGAGGGGGCGACACACAAGCAGGUGGUGGACCUGAUCCGAGCAGGAGAGAAGGAAUUGAUCUUGACUGUGUUAUCUGUACCUCCUCAUGAGGCAGAUAACCUAGAUCCCAGUGACGACUCGUUGGGACAAUCAUUUUAUGAUUACACAGAAAAGCAAGCAGUGCCCAUAUCGGUCCCCACAUACAAACAUGUGGAGCAGAAUGGUGAGAAGUUUGUGGUAUACAAUGUUUACAUGGCAGGGAGGCAGCUGUGUUCUAAGCGGUACCGGGAGUUUGCCAUCCUACACCAGAACCUGAAGAGAGAGUUUGCCAACUUUACAUUUCCCCGACUUCCAGGGAAGUGGCCAUUCUCUUUAUCAGAACAGCAAUUAGAUGCCCGGCGGCGAGGGUUGGAAGAAUAUCUAGAAAAAGUAUGCUCAAUACGAGUCAUUGGUGAGAGUGACAUCAUGCAAGAAUUCCUGUCGGAAUCAGACGAGAACUACAAUGGUGUGUCUGACGUAGAGCUCAGAGUAGCUUUACCAGAUGGAACAACAGUUACAGUCAGGGUUAAAAAGAACAGUACUACAGACCAAGUAUAUCAGGCUAUUGCAGCAAAGGUGGGCAUGGACAGUACGACAGUGAAUUACUUUGCCUUAUUUGAAGUGAUCAAUCAUUCCUUUGUACGUAAGCUGGCACCUAAUGAAUUUCCUCAUAAACUCUACGUCCAGAAUUACACAUCAGCUGUGCCAGGCACCUGCCUGACCAUUCGAAAGUGGCUUUUUACAACAGAAGAAGAAAUCCUCUUAAAUGACAAUGACCUUGCUGUUACCUACUUCUUUCAUCAGGCUGUUGAUGAUGUGAAAAAAGGUUACAUCAAAGCAGAGGAAAAGUCCUACCAAUUACAGAAGCUGUACGAGCAAAGGAAAAUGGUCAUGUACCUCAACAUGCUAAGAACGUGUGAGGGCUACAAUGAAAUCAUCUUCCCCCACUGUGCCUGUGACUCCAGGAGGAAGGGGCAUGUUAUCACAGCCAUCAGCAUCACGCACUUUAAACUUCAUGCUUGCACUGAAGAAGGACAGCUGGAGAACCAGGUAAUAGCAUUUGAGUGGGAUGAGAUGCAGCGAUGGGAUACAGAUGAAGAAGGAAUGGCCUUUUGUUUUGAAUAUGCACGAGGAGAGAAGAAGCCUCGAUGGGUUAAAAUCUUCACACCAUAUUUCAAUUAUAUGCAUGAAUGCUUCGAGAGGGUAUUCUGUGAGCUCAAGUGGAGAAAAGAGAACAUUUUCCAGAUGGCAAGGUCACAGCAGAGGGAUGUGGCCACCUAGCCGCUCCUUGUCCCCACCCCUUCUCUUCACCUCCAUCCUCUUACCCCUUUUGUCUCCCACGUCAGAGUAACCAUUAACACAAAAGAAGAAGGAAAAGGAAAAAAGUCACUAUACUCAAAAGCCCUAAACUAAAUAUUAUUAAUAAUCUUUCUGAAUUUCAUGUCUCUGGAAUUGAGCCGGUAGAAAACAGCAUUUUGGUCAGCACCAGGAGUCAACUGAGCUAAGAUCGGAAAAGAAAUAAGCCCAACCAACUCGCCAAAGGUAUCUUUGUCCUUCCACCUGGGCCUCAUGCCAGCAGACUCUCCUUGUACCAUAUUUUUAAAACUGGAACUAUGAACUCCAUCCGUUUGCACUGUUCAGACAUAUAUAUGUAUGUAUGUAAAAACUAUAUAUAUACAAAUUAGCUGCACGUAUAUACAUAUAUAUUUCUUUUUAAAUUUCAUAUUGAUGGCAGUACCUUUUUUAGCUUGUGUUUUUACACACCUUUCACUAGAAUUCAUGACUUCUCUCUUGCUCUCUUUGUUUUGAAACAAACUUGAAAAAGGAAAAAAAAAUACAGGGAAAAUACCUCUCCUCAUGAAGGACUCGAAAAGUUUACAAUCUGCUUGGGUUUUUUCCCCCCUUUUUGUAUUGAGUGAAGACUGUGGCUCAUGGGUUACUGGAGAGUCUGAGGAGCAAGGAGCAUAGUUUCUUUAUCUUCCAAGGGACUGUUGGGGAGGAGAGGGGUGUGCCCCUCAAGGGCAACAGGGCUGCAGGGGCGGGCGAGUCUACACACUUGGUGUGGACUCUUAAUUCCAAGACAUUUUUCCUGGUCCACCUCUACCCCUCCCACUCAUGGCGUUCUACCCACAUUCCGCACUCUCCUGCUUCACUGGGACCCCUGUGUGCUUUCCCUCAACUGGCCUAGCAUGUAGGGAGGGUGGGCUCAGGAGAUCAAUGCCACAGGAACCGGAAACAUUUCAUGGUCCUAAUUUCCUAUUUCCUUGUCUUUUCUGAAGCAGGGAUAGUACUGGGGACCAGAGUUAAGGCUGACACCUUUAGGCACAAAGAUUGGGCUUAGUUAGGGAAGGCAAAGAAGAAAUUCCCCGUGUACAUGAGCUUUUCCCUACUCAAUUCGUGACCAAUAACCACCCAUAACUAUUAUAUUCUCUGUGACUUCCUCGAACAGCUUGUAGGGAGGGAUCUGAUAGGAUCCCAAGGCCUUGGGGAAACUUGGCAUGGGUCAGUGGUCUGUGCCAGCAAAACCACAGCCCACCCAAGCCAGCUGAGGACCCAGGAAGGAGCAUUAGGAAUAUGGUUGAUUUGGGUUGGAUCUCAACUUUUAAUUAAAAGGAGACUGAAGGAAAACCUUUUGUCCCUUAAAGGGCUCCUCAUCUGACCUGCAGUUAGACCUUCAGAGACCCGAGAGCUCACCCCAGGAUUAGGGUCCAGAGCUGACCAGAGCUGACCAGAGCAGGGCAGCGUUCUCAGCCCCCAGGCUCUAUAUUUAGAUUCUGCACUGGGGCCUCUGAGUCAGGCUCAGAUGCAUCUGAAACACAUCUUUGAGCCUUCUUCUCUUUUUCCCUUCUCCACCUUCUAAACAAAAACCUCCACAGGGUGGCAUCUUCUGUUUUGUCUAACUGGGAGGCAACCGUAGUUGGUUGUAGUCCACUCCACGGACCAGUGUUGGGGUGGUUGAAGUUUCUUUUUCUGUACCUUGUUUUUGCAGAUCAUUGUGAGGCCUCUUUCUCUCUCUCACUCUGUUAUCGUGGCAGCUGCUUGCCCCAGGGGAGUGUAGGAUCACUUAGGAUAUCCUGUCUUCUCUCUGCUUCUCUGAACCCAGGUGAAAUCACAGAGUGCAAAAUGCAUGAAUGCUGAUUGUUUAAAGUUGCAGAGAAUGACCCCGAACUUGAAGGCUUUGACACAGGAUUAACUUCUUUUGGCUUAAACGAAUUUUAUAAUGAGCCAAAGGACCCUGGAAAGAGGAUAUGAUGAUUUUCCACUCCAAAAUGCUGAAGAGGCUUUUGACACCAGCUUUGUUCAAACUAUAAAAAAUAGCAGUAAUUUGCCCCGUUCCCUCAGAGUGGGCUGGGAAUGAACAAAUCCAGGAGGCCCUGCGACAGCCCAAGUGCUGACCUCUGGAUAUGAGACAUAGUGGGCAUGCCCUUAGAAGGGAGGCCCCUUAGAGUGAAUAGAUGCUGCUUUGUCCCCUUUUGGCAUAGAAUUCACUUGGUGCUUUGGAGACUGGGUGAAUGCCCCCUAGGUAGGUGCUCUAUUGGCAGAAUCUGUGUAGGAGCAGCCCCUACUUGAAGCUGUACCACUGACAGAGCACCCAGCUGCAGCAAGGUAGGGGGCGGCCCCAGGGGACAGCGCCUUCUCUCCCACCCGCAGCAGGCCUCCUGUGAUGGGGCAGAGGCCUCGGGCUGUGGAGCUCCAGAGGAUCCAGCUCUUCUUUGCAUGAAGCAGUGUUGGUGUGACACUCCUUUCCCUCCUUACUCCACACUUCCCUUCUCUAAUCCCUGCUACCUUUCUUAGUCCUGGGUUCUGCCCAGGGAGGCUUCAAUUGCAGUUUGUCUCUGGGAAACGGAAGGGCUCUCCCUUCCCCCUGCCUUGCCCCAGCAGAGCCAGCAGAAUUUCCCUGGUCUCCUAUGGUCCUCCCCUCCACACUCAGUUUCAAUCCUUUUUGGUAAAAGCUUCGAGUUUUUUAUGGAUCAGGAGAAAAAUGCAGGCUCUGAGAAACCUGUCCCUGUGGAAAGGUUCCCUUAGGCCAUGCUUUGGGCUCUUUGGUCUUUAUACUUGUUUUCUGCUGUCCAUUUUUCUGCCCUCCCCUUGCCCUAGGCCUAAGCUCAGCACUGGUGAGUGCUCAGGGCAGCUCCUAGGCCUGGACAGAGCUCUCAGGGAGGAAUCAGAUAAAUGUUCAACACCCCUAUGCUGGCCCAUCUGGUUUUGUCCUUUAGUUACCCGGGCCAGUAGCUUUGGGUUAUCCCCUCUUGCAGCUCCUGACCCAGUGCUUAGAGCAGCAGUAUAGGGCAUUGACAGGGGGUGACGCUGCUCUGUCAUCUCAGAAUUUGCCAACUUAUGGGUCUGGCUCCUCAGAGGCAGUUUUCUUAAAAGGGACUGCAUCCUGGGUGACCUGAACUCCAGACCUGGGGAGACUGCUGUGCCCUCCCUCCUCUCCAUUGUGCUCUGGCUGGAUUGAUGCAGCAGUGGAAACCAUUUAGCCUGUUGGACUCCCAACAUGCCUUUGGGUUCUCUGCACCAGAGUCACUGUGUCACAUUAACUUCCUUUUGGAGGGUGCAGGAUGGGGUGGUUGAAUGCUGAGAGAGAGAAUAGAGGCGGUGGGUGUGCUUUAGGGCCCCAUCUUCCAGUCCCACCUCCUAUCUUCCUCUUCGAAACCUGAGCACAUCAUGCCAGGCCUCACCCACACCAGGACAGCAGCAGGUGUGUGGGAAGCUUAGGGCUCCGGCCGAAGAGGGGAGAGGUACUGGGUGAAGGCGCGUGGCCAACUGCUGAAGUUGGACACCAAUUUUAUAUCAUGCCCCCUUUUUAAGCCAGUGAGCUGGGCUUCAGUUUUCCCCAGGCCAUGCACUCUUUUAAUUUAUUUGAGAGAAACUCUAAUUGUAUUUUCACUGCAGUAUCUUGUAUUUUUUAUUUGUGAUUUAAGAAAUGUGAAGAGAAAAUACACAGACACAUAAUGGCUAACAGUGUUUCUUUCAUUCCUUGUUCUAGAGCUAACCACUCUAAAAUUGUUUGGUAAUGUCACUUAGUGUAAUUAAUUGUAACAUAUUCUUUUAAAUAAAUUGAUUUAUUGAUGAAACUA